CCUCACUGACCCCUGACUUCCGACCGUUCGGUCGCUCUCUUGACCAGUCGUCCGCCAUCGCUGCUGAGCUUUUCUGCUGGGUGUUCUUUUGGCGGAGAGGAUGAACCAGCUGUCACAAAACGACGGUGAAGAUGUGGCCUUGGAGCCAAUCCCUCCGACGACGGGCCUCGUGCGGAAGACCGCGGAGAUUGGCGCGGUGGUAUCGGUAACGGGGUCUGCGGUCAGACGGAUGGCGAUCGCGACAGACGAUGACGUGUCCGAUAGAGCCACGUGCAAGACAACUGAAAGAUUUGACCGGGAAGGGGAGCAUCAUGCCACGUCAGCACAUGUUGGAGAUGGCAGUGGUGCGAGCAGUCGUCCUCUUCGCGCAGUGUCACAGCGGAUGGAGGAGAAAGAAGGAGGAGGGGGAGGAGGAGGAGGAGGAGGAGGUGUUUUGCCCAGGAACGAGGAACAGGAGGGGAGGGAAGAAGGAAGGAGGAGGACAGAGGAAGGUGUAAGAAUUGGCGGGAAAGAGCUGUCCGAGGGCGGGAACGACCGAGAGCGGGAGAAUGAGAGAGACGGAGGAGCUGCACGUGGUCUGUGCGACCAUGCGUACGAGGAUGUGAUGGAAUCGCAGAGAGAGGAGAUCGAGCUUGGUCGACGAGGAGAGGGAGAUGGUCGCUCUGAGUCACAGAAUUUGCAAGAGGAAGAUCAGAGGGAGGGGAGAAAGGAGGCCAAAGAUAUAGGAGAGGGAGGUGGCCCCGUUGAGCAGGAAACGGAAGACGCGGUCCGUCGUGUGAACUCAGAGCAGACGCUCGUCGUGGAGGUAGUUACGGCGGCCGAGAGGAGGGAGGGGGAGGGAGAGGGAGAGGGAGAGGGAGAGGGAGAGAGCGCGAAAGAAUUAGACAGGGGUGGAGAGGGAGGUGGAGGGAGAGGCUCCAAUCGUGCUUGUGAGAGAUUGAUCUCUUUUCGCGCUCGCCUGAAGGGUCGUUUCCCCUUGACUUCGUCUUCCACAGACUUUCCCGUGUUCCAAACGUUUGUCCGUGGAGAUGGUAUUGGGACUAAGUGCCAGACCAGGUCUGGACCAGGGUUGGAACGGUGGUCCAGUUGUGGGACCAGUGCUUGUCCCGGCGAGAGUAGAUGUGCCGUUAGCGGGACACAAAGCCGCUGGAUGGAGCGCGGUCGUCUCGGAGAGGGACGAUCACAGGGGAGUAAGGAGGAGGAGAAUGAAGGAGAGGAGAGGGGGGAGGGAAAUAUGGAGAAGAAGACAGAAGAGGAGAGCGAGGAGGUGAGUAAAGAAGUUGGGAGGGAGGAGAAGAAGAUGGGAGGCGAUCAUCACGAGGAGAAGAGAAAACAGGAGGAGGGAAAGCUAGGAGAGGGGAGGCAGGGGGAGGGAAUAGGAGACAGCAAGAAAGAGAAGAUGGGACAGGAGGAGAAGAAGAAAGUCGUCGGAGAGGAGAGGAAGCGGGAGAAGAUAGGACAACAGAGGAAGGAGGAGAAGGUAGGUGAGGAGAUGAAGGAGAAGAUAGCAGAGGAGAGGAAGGAGGAGAAGAUAGCAGAGGAGAGGAAGGAGGAGAAGAUAGCGGAGGAGAGGAAGGAGGAGAAGGUAGGAGAGGAGAGGAAGGAGGAGAAGAUAGGAGAGGAGAGGAAGGAGGAGAAGAAAGCAGAGGAGAGGAAUGAGGAGAAGAUAGGAGAGGAGAGGAAGGAGGAGAAGAAAGCAGAGGAGAGGAAUGAGGAGAAGAUAGGAGAGGAGAGGAAGGAGGAGAAGAUAGCAGAGGAGGAGGCGCAGGAGAAGAGAGCAGUAGAGAGGGAGGAGGAGAGGGUAGGGGAGCAGGGGAAGGAGGAGAAGGAGGAGAAGGUACGAGAGUUUUCGUAUCCGGUAGUCUUAAGGCCAGAGGAGAAGGAAUCGACAGGGAAGUUCCCUCGACGGCCGGUUUUUGCCACCCUUCUUCUUCAGACAAGCUUCUCAAAAGUGUGUGGCAUUGAGAUCAUUCCAAAGAUUUGCCGGAUGACAAAGGAGUUGGUGGCCCUGUAUGAUGUGGAGGUGAGGCCUCAUUUACAUCCAGCAAAGCAGCAGCAGCAGAUCGGUUUCCUACAUGGCGACUUUUUAAAGAUCGAUUGGUCUGAUGGAGAUCUCAUUUUCUCAAACGCGACAUGUUUCGGGGGCCAAUUAUUUGAAAAGCUCGAGGAAUGUGCAAAUGCGAACCUGAAGCCUGGAGCGAUCGUGAUUACCGUCUCUCGCCAUUUCCUUGGGGAUAAUUGGGAAAUUUUGGAAGCAAAAGAACGAAAGAUGAGCUGGGCACCAGCAAAGGUGUAUGUUCAUCGAAAGCGACAGAGAGAAAGGAAGGCGGCGGAGGAAACAAAUGUGGAAGACGACAACGAGCAGGAGCAGCACAGCGAUGAGCAACAGCAGUGGCCGCCUGCGGUACAGGCGGAUGCGUGCGGACCAGCCGAGGAGAACGAGCGACUGUGAGAUCACUGAGAUGUGAACAUGAACACUACGGUAGCCGGGGCAUGAAUGAGGAGGGUAAGUGUCUGAGACGAGACGGAGAGCCGAAGAGACAGAGAAGGCAAGGGCAUAGUCAAAGAAGGAGGUGACUAAAGAAGUGAGCGGGAGUUAGGGUACAGGAGGAGGAGGUGAUGAAAGCGAGCGGAAGCGGGAGGGGGAGGGGGAGGGGGACAUGUGUCUGAGACGAGACGGAGAGCCGAAGAGACAGAGAAGGCAAGGGCAUAGUCAAAUUAGGACUCUUUUGAGGGAAUGUGUUCGCGAAUGCGGACCAAUACGUCCACUAAGCCCAAGCGUGAUAGAUAGAUAGAUAGAUAUAGAUAGGUAGAUAGAUAGAUUGAUUGAUUGAGAGAGAGAGAGAGAGAGAGAGAGAGAGAGAGAGAGAGAGAGAGAGAGAGAGAGAGAAAGAGAGGGUUGGUCAGAGCACGACGAUCGAAGGGUACACUAAAGAGGAACGUGACUAAAGUCCCCUCAAUGAAGGUGAGCUACGCCU